ACGUCGUGUGUAUUAUAUAUAUGAUAAACAUGAGUGUCUAAGCUAGACGAAGAAAGAACAAACGAUAUUGAUUUUGUAAACAUUGGGUGAAGAGGUCGUCUAGAGAGGUGAGUACGUAUAUACAUGGAUUUGAGUGGAGUUAAGGCGCUGCGCAAUUUCAAAACCAUUCAUCUGGUGAGACAUGCACAAGGAAUCCACAAUGUAGGAAUAGAGAAAGGAGAACUGGAAUCUUACAAGCUGUUAGAUGCCUGUCUCUCUCCAAUGGGUAUCCAACAGGUUUCUGAGCGAAGGAAAGAAAUCAUUAAAUCAGGAUUACUAAACACUGUUCAGUUAGUGAUUACCUCUCCAUUGCGCAGGGCAAUGCAAACUUCAGUUGGAAUAUUUAGGGGACAAGAAGAUAUGAAUCAAUUCGAUAUCUUUCCAAAAGUUAACAACUCCCCUCCAAUCGUAGCACUUGAGAUUUGUAGAGAACGCAUGGGAUUAUAUCCGUGUGAUAAAAGAGAAAGUAUAGGUACCUAUCGCACUUGUUUCUCAGAAAUCGACUUUACGAUGAUAGAGAGUGAUGAAGAUGCUCUAUGGGCAGAGGAGAGGGAAAAUAUGAAAGAUGUUUCUGCUAGAGGCCUUCACUUUCUCAAAUGGUUAUGGGAGAGGCCGGAGAAAGAUAUUGCAGUUGUUAGCCAUGGGAUUUUUUUGCAACAAACACUUCGUGCGCUGCAUGAAAUAGUUGGCACACCUGUUGAAGAUAAUCACCUUAAAAGGUUUGCCAAUUGUGAGCUACGGUCAAUUCGGCUCGAUAAGAGUGACAUGGAAGCAUAUACAUUAACGACGUACAAUUGUUGAAAAUACGUUACUCCACCUUCAACCUCCCUUCACACGUUUGAAUAGAAUGCAUGCAUGUGAAUUGUGUGUGUUUACUUUUGCAUGCCAUAUAUAUGCACCUAACGCUUGAAUUGGACCCAGUAAAAUGCAUAACGUAGCUAAUAAAAAAAGCCACCGCCGAUCAGGCCACCACUAACCUAGCCAUGCGUGUGAAAUUCUUUUUCUUUUGUUAUUUUUUUUGUUAGUUCGGUUUUCACUAAUAAAGGUUUACUUUCUGUGAAUCAUCUCUCUUAAUUUUUUUGUCGUAAUUUCUUUUAAUUGUUAUUUUAACAAACAAGGUCUGUUUGAUGCCCUUUUCUCAUUGCUAGGAGCGCUACAUUACCUCAAUAGGGGCAAUCUUAUGUUGCAAGGAGCUUUCCCUUUGUUAGGUUAGGUAGUAUUAUAGCUGAUGAGAGAAGAUGAUCAUCUUUUUGUUUUGUUGUAGUUCUUUUGAACCAGCUGGAAUCUGUUUUUUUUGGAAUCCCUGUAUGGGAUUGGUGUUGUAAGUUUGUGUAAAAUGUUUGAACCCUGUUUGUUUUGUUUAAUAAAAUAUAUUUCGAGGAAAGAAAAACAAGGUCUGUCUGAGUUUGUGGUUGUGUUGGUUUUAUUAUUAAAAUACUUACCAAGCAUCUACCACGUGAAUGAGAUGGUGCUCUUCAGUGCGUGCACUUCAGUGCGAACAAAGGAGCGUGUCGUGUUAAUCGUGUCUGUGGUUAUCAAUUUGGACUGACGCUAAAUAAGUAGUAGUUCAUUAAAUCUAAAAGUUUGGUUCAACCAAUACUCUAUAAUUAUUCAUUAAUUAAUAAAUUAAGCCUCCUCUCUCAUCUCUCUCUCUCUCUCUCUCUCAAAUAAAAUCGGAGGUUAAAAAGAUCGGUGCUUGAAUCAUCAUCGGGUGGUUCUGAAAUCCACUCUAGUCGUCGUCGUCGUCGUCAUCGUCAUCUGAUCUCUUAUUUCGUUCCGCUUGAGGAUGGCCUCUGAGACUACAGGAGAAAUCAGCAUCGUAUGCAACCACUGGAAAAGUCAAUGAAAAAUUGGUGGCGGUGAUUGAUUGCAAGCUAAUAACAUUUUUGUGUGGGAAGGAAUGAAGAGCUGCUUGAUAAGCUUAGGUCUGUAUCGGUGUG